UUGAAAGAAGAAGUAACAUUAUUGCGAAAACGUGUUGAACGUGCGGCUUUAAUGGAAGCAUUGCUUAUUGCUGAAGAAGAGGAGCUUGCGUCUGUUGAAAAGGUGUGUGAAAUUGCUAAAAAGGAUAUGGAGGUGUUGGAUUUACUUCAAAAAAGCUUUGAAACAACAGAAAGUGUUAAAUCUAUUGAGUAUGAAACAAAGUUUCUUUGUGCUAGUGCACCAUUUAUAAAGAAAAGUGAAAAUACAAUUUUGGAUAAUUGA